AUGAGGGCCCGGACCCCGGCGGAAGGGCCGCCAUCGGCGUCGGCAAUGCCACUGCCGCACUUUCCCGUGCUCCAGGGGUCCAGGCGGGCAGUCCAGGGUGGGCGUGCGAUCAUGGCGACGACCACAACACUGUUCCGAGUGUUCUUGCGCCGCCAGACGCCCGGGGCCCAAGGACUGCGCAACCGCCUCGCACAACACCAGCAGCGCCGCGCGAAUUCCGACGCACCCACGCCGAAGAGGGCAGAGGAUCCCAUUCCGGUGCCCAACACUAUCACAACGAUCCCGUUAUGGCAGCGCCUCGGGCCCUUGACCCGCGCGGCAGAGGGCUAUGCCCGGGCCCAGCGCAAGAGGCCCUUGAUGACACAAUUCGUCAGCUCCCUGGUCAUCUACUUUUGCGCCGACCUCUCUGCCCAGAAUAUGAGCGGCAACGACUACGACCCCGAGCGGACGAUGCGCUCGUUGAUCAUUGGCGCCAUUUCUUCUAUUCCCAGUUAUAAGUGGUUCAUCUUCCUCUCUCAAAACUUCAACUACGCCUCGCGACUCCUCUCGCUCGGCACCAAAGUCGUGGUGAACCAGGUGUGCUUCACGCCCAUAUUUAACUCGUACUUUUUCGGCAUGCAGGCGUUUUUGGCCGGCGACAACUUGGAGCAGAUCGUCGAGCGCAUCCGACGGACCGUGCCCGUGAGCAUCGUCAACUCGUGCAAGCUGUGGCCUGCGGUCACGGCCUUCAGCUUCUCUUUCAUCCCGAUGGAGUAUCGCAGCGUAUUCUCGGGCGUGAUCGCGGUCGGAUGGCAGACGUAUUUGAGCUUCUUGAAUAGACAGGCCGAAGUCAUCGAGGAGGCAGAGGAAGUCGAGGAGAGAACGCAUGCGGUGCAGGCCAUCGCUGCCCAUGAGAGAGCGACGCCAAACGUACGACAUCACAACCCUCAAAUCCUCCCCAACGCCGAGCCAUUGAGUGUUGGCCAGGACCGGUACCUGUCCUCUGCAAUGGCGUCCAUCUGCAUGCGAUCCUGCCGCGUGCAAUCAGUCCUCCGAUCCGCCAGAAAUCCCACCGCCGUCCGUCCCAGACUCCCUAGCAACAUCCCCCGACGUCAUGCUUCCACCGCCACCGGCUCCUCGACGAAUUCCCAGGCCGGCUCGGGCCUGAAGACUGGCCUUUACAGCGUUGCCCUCGCCGGGUCCCUUUACAUCUCCUACCUCUAUGUCACCGACACGAGGGCCUCAAUCCACCGACUGUCACCCAUGGUGAUGCGCUUCGUCUGGAGCGACGCCGAGGACGCUCACCACGCCGGCACCGGCAUGAUGAAGACGCUCUAUGACCUCGGCUUGCACAUCCGCGAACGCGACAGAACCCUCGCUGAACACCCCGCUCUGGCGACCGAAGUCUACGGCAUGAAGCUGGCCAACCCCAUCGGCAUCAGCGCUGGUCUCGACAAGCACGCCGACAUCCCUGACGCCCUCUUCGCCCUUGGUGCCGGCAUUGUCGAGGUCGGUGGCUGCACACCCCGCCCGCAGGAUGGCAACCCUCGCCCGCGUGUCUUCCGCGUCCCGAGUCUCGACGGCAUGAUCAACCGAUACGGUCUGAACUCGCGGGGUGCCGACAGCAUGGCGAUUACAUUGAGGGAGCGCGUGCGCAAGUUCGCUCGCAAGGUUGGUGCUACGGAACAGGAGGUUCUAGAUGGCGAGGCUGGUGUCCCCGCAGGCAGUUUGCUCCCCGGCAGACUGCUGGCUGUGCAGAUUGCCAAGAACAAGGAGACGGACCAGAAGGACGUCAAUGCUGUGGCUCAGGAUUACGUCUACUGCGUGCAACGUCUUGCUAGAUAUGCCGACAUCCUCGUGGUGAAUGUUAGCAGCCCCAACACCCCUGGCCUCCGCGAUCUGCAGGCCACGGAGCCUCUGACGAGGCUGUUGAGCGCUGUGGUGCAGGAGGCCGGCAAGGUGGACCGCAGGGUUCACCCCAAGGUCAUGGUCAAGGUUUCUCCUGAUGAGGAGGAGGAUACCCAGAUCGAGGGUAUUGUUCAGGCCGUCUGCAGCAGCGGUGUUGACGGCAUCAUCGUAGGCAACACCACCAACCGCCGCACUGGCAUCGUUCCCCAGGGUGUCAAACUUAGUGCGAAGGAGCAGAAGGCCCUGCAGGAGACGGGCGGAUACUCAGGACCCGCCAUGUACAACAGAACUCUGGAUUUGGUCGGAAGAUAUCGCAAGAAGCUAGAUGCCCAAACGCUCCAGACCGGCUCGGCCGAGGAGGCGGCUGCCAUUCCUGACAUUGAUGGCACCUUUUCUGGCAAGCUUCACGAUCUGAUCGAGGGUAAGGAUACCCCGAGAAAGGUUAUUUUCGCGACGGGCGGCAUCACGAACGGAGAGCAGGCGCUCAAGAUCCUCAAUGCGGGCGCGAGUGUGGCCAUGGUGUACACUGGCUUGACGUACGGCGGACCAGGGACAAUUACUAGAAUAAAAGGGGAGAUCAAGGACCAGGCAUAG